CUCCGCGAGGGCCCGGCCGUUGCUCCGCGCCCCGCCCCGAGCCGGGGAUGCGCUGCUCGGCGGCGGCCGGUCGGGGAGCGGGAUGGAGGUGGAGGAAGCGUUCCCGCUGGUGGGGCAGAUGGGGCCCUACCAGAUGUACCUGUGCGUCCUGCUGGCGGUGCUCCUCCAGCUGUAUGUGGCCACUGAAGCCAUCCUCAUUGCAUUGGUGGGCGCAACUCCUCCCUACCACUGGGAUCUCCAGGAGCUCUUAGCUAAUCAGAGCCAUAGCAACCAGUCAGCGAGCGAUCAGAGAGCUUUUGGGGAAUGGCUUUUGACUGCCAAUGGCAGUGAGGUGCAUAAGCACGUACACUUCAGCAGCAACUUCACGUCAAUCGUCUCUGAGUGGUUUUUAAUUGGCAACACAUCAUACAAAGUCAGUGCUGCCAGUUCUUUCUACUUCAGUGGUGUGUUUGUUGGAGCAAUCUCCUUUGGCCAGCUCUCAGAUCGCUUUGGGAGGAAGAAAGUCUAUCUCACAGGUUUUGCCCUAGACAUCUUGUUUGCCAUUGCAAAUGGAUUCUCACCUUCAUAUGAAUUCUUUGCCAUCUCUCGGUUCUUGGUAGGAAUGAUGAAUGGUGGGAUGUCACUGGUGGCCUUUGUUCUACUGAAUGAGUGCGUGGGUACUGCCUACUGGGCAUUAGCAGGAUCUAUUGGUGGCUUAUUCUUUGCUAUGGGAAUUGCCCAAUAUGCUUUAUUAGGCUACUUCAUUCGAUCCUGGAGGACUCUGGCUGUUGUGGUUAACCUGGAAGGAACCAUCGUCUUUCUUCUUUCUCUAUUCAUUCCAGAGUCCCCUCGCUGGCUCUAUUCACAAGGCCGGCUGAAUGAAGCAGAAGAUGCCCUCUACCUCAUCGCAAAGAGGAACCGCAAGCAGAAGUGCACUUUUUCAUUAAAACUCCCAGCAGAAAGGACCUCCAAAGAGGCUGGCAGCUUCUUGGAUCUGUUCCGAUACAAGAUUCUCUUGGGACGCACCUUGAUCAUGAUGUUUACCUGGUUUGUGUGCAGCUUGGUUUACUAUGGUCUUACCCUUAAUGUGGGUGACUUAGGUGGAAAUAUUUAUGCCAAUUUAGCCCUUUCGGGGUUGAUAGAAAUCCCAGCAUACCCAAUCUGUAUUUACUUAAUUAGCCAAAAAUGGUUUGGUCGGAAAAGAACAUUGAGCACAUUUCUGUUCCUGGGAGGAUUGGCUUGUCUUAUUGUCAUGUUUCUUCCUAAAAAAAAAGAUACUGGAGUUUUUGCAGUGGUGAACAGUCACUCUCUGUCUUUGCUGGGGAAACUGACAAUCAGUGCUGCAUUUAACAUUGUCUACAUCUACACAUCAGAGCUUUAUCCCACAGUGAUCAGGAAUGUUGGAAUGGGUGCCUGCUCCAUGUUUUCCCGUGUUGGUGGAAUCAUUGCUCCUUUCGUCCCUUCAUUGAAAUCUGUACAGUGGUCUCUGCCUUACAUUGUGUUUGGAGCGGCUGGUCUUUUGUCUGGUUUCUUAAGUUUAUUGCUGCCAGAGACCUUAAACAGCCCUUUGCUAGAAACUAUUUCAGACCUGCAGGUAUGUUCAUACUGGAGGCUGGGUGAUGAAGCCAUGUCAUUGCAAGCCCUAGAUGGCUCACAGUCUGGAGACAAAGACAGUUCUGCAGGGAGUGGAAGCGAAGAUGAAGAGUUUUAUGAUGCUGAUGAAGAGACGCAUAUGAUCAAGUAGUGAAAAGAAGAAACGCUGGCUUAUUUUAUGCCUUUUCUUACUUGUCCAGUCAGUUCAGCUGUAAGAUGCGUACUGGGGACCUCGCCUGUCAGAGAAUGUAAUUGGGCAAGUGCCUGUGUUUUUCCUGACUUGGAGAGGGGUUUGAGUAGUGUUCAAACUAAUUACACCACUGAUGCCCUCCUUACGAGAUGGCUGUUCAGAUUCUUGUGGUUCAGAAUGACAGUGCACGGACCACAUUUGAAGCCAGGUGAGACAGCAAGGGUGGGAUCAUGUAUUUCUGAAACCUAGGAAACUACCUAGGCUUAGACAGAUUUGGACAGAUCAUCAAUGCACAUGUUUGUAUUUUAUUUUCAAGCUGGUUGAUUUUGAUUCAGUAUAAAUUGACAAACUCGAACUGUUUGGUUUUUUCUGUAAAGUGAAAGUGGUCACAGAAUGUGCUGUGUGCUACUCCAAUGGGAACAAAUUCCUGAAAUAGUAUGUUAAAAAGGCUUCUGAAUAUUGAGUAGGGCAGAGGCAACUGUGAACAUAAGGCUUCUCUCUCUACACACCUGUAUGUAGUUACAGGGUGCAGCUGGUUAGUCAUGAGCUGUGCAUUAACUUAAAAAAAAAUGGAAGGCCAGGAGGAAGAACGACAGAAAAGAGCAACCAUAAAGCCUGAAGACAUACAGGACAUUUACUGAUUAUUUUUUUCCCUUCUCUUCAUCCACCAAGCAUAUUCUUGGGCUGUCUUACGCAUACGUUUACUACAUGUUCCCCACAUCUCAGCACGCUGUUUAUAGCUUUGCCUACUUUUCCCUAGUCCUCACUUUGCCAUAAAUAUUGAAGCUCAGCAACUUCUCUGUGCAGUGAAAUAAUUCUGUGAAGGAUAUAAUUUCAUGGGUGGGACAUACGUGAAGUAUUUAUCACAUAGUGUGCAUGUGAGGUGUGUGUUAGAAUAUAUAGCUCACUUUGUGGACCUACCUGUCUUAUUUCUGGAAGAAAUUUAACUCUGAAGUGGUAAGAGGAACCAUGGGUUGCUUUUACAUUUUGGAGAUUAUUGCCAGGAAGCUGCUAGUAUUUAUUUAAAAUUCUUGUGUGUAGAUAAAGUUCUCAUUAAAAAAAAAAAGGGGGGGGCAAGUAACUUUGAGGCUGCAUUUGGUUACUCGAUGUUGUUUUUUAACCAGGUGCAUGCUUUGUGCACUUGGUUACUUGACCUUGUUGAGGAAGACAACUUCAUUCUCCUGUUUAUGCUGAACUUCCUGUAAGUGCUUCGUUAGAGAGAUAGGGAAUCUUGAAAUAGGAAACAUGAACAUAUGAGGUGUUCCAGCUACAAAGGUGAGGCUUUACAAGGAUUCAGUUUUGUUGAUUACAUUGUCGUUUUCAUCCUCUGACUUGUGGCUUUCUAUUUAAGAUUAAUUUCCAUAAAAUGCUUGCUAAUCUUUAUACUUGAAGUUCCUAGAAAAUGCCACACAAUGGCAGCAAAUAUAUUGUCAGGCUUGCCAGCCAUGUUUGUGGAUGUUAGACUAAAAAAAACUGGAUAAAAAAAAAUUCAAAAAGCUGGCUGCUGAAUAGCUUCUGGUUAAAAUGGGAAGCUCCUUUGCUCUGAAAGGAAGCAAAAGCAGACAGCAUCUGAAGUUUGCAGCUAGUUGCUUGACCUUUGUUCACUGGGAACUGUAAUGCUGAGCAAGGUGCAGCUACCCUUGUUGGUGCAGAGGGCAGCCCAGAGACUCUGGAUUCAUGCAUGCGGUGCUCUCACUUGGCCUGAGCUUGAUCCAGGCGUUGACUGCAAGCAAAGUUGGGAACUUCAGUCCCUAUGGAUAAUGUGUCAGUGUUGUUUUAUUUUUUGUGUGUGUUAUGAGCUCACAAGAAGAAUUCCAGCCUGCAGUCUUCACUUUAUUUUUUCCAGACUGUUGAAUAGUUGUUGUAGCUCUGGCAGGGCACUUUUAAACCCAGCUGAAUAGUCUUUCUGCCUUAUAUGGCCCUUUUUUAUGCAAGAAAGAAAAUUGCUCCAAAUAAGGUAAAUGGAAAUACUUGGAAAGGUUGAAUCUUUUUGGUGAAAGAAUUUUUUUAGUUUUGCAUUCACAUUUUGAAUUAUGGAGAGCUGGAAAAAAAAAAAAAGACUUUUUGUUGCUGCUUAUUUAGAAGCAUAUAGUGGUACGCCUGGUGGUGUUAACAUGCUGCCAAGACCCAACAGUUUUACUUUAACACUAGUUUUAGGUGUUUGCUGCCUCUGUCCCUCUUUGGACAGUAGGUGGAGAAAGUCCCCUGAGAGGCAGACAGGAACUGUCAGCUUUCCUCCCUCCAUGGUUUUACUGUCAUCCUCUGCUAUUGGCAACUCUGGUCAUGCUGUAGGACACCUCAGCGCAAUUUUCAUUAGAACAAUAGGAUGCUGUAAUGGUUCAGGUGGAGGAGAUCACUCUUUGUAGGACCUGAUCUGGAUUUUUUUUGACAGUCCUCAACUUACCUCUCCACUCAUGCACUUCUGUAUUGUAAAUAUAUAUAUAUGAAAAUGCAAAAAUGAGUGUGAAGAAAACAUCAAUUUUUUUUCCAUAAAACUUGCUAUUUUUUAACCAAAAUUUGCUGCUCUUUUUUAACCUUGUAUCUGUCCUGUAUUUGCACCUUUAGAUUUUUAAAUAGCAGCAUCUUUUUUGUGUCAACCAUAGAAACUCUCUAUCGUUACUAUCCCUGGCCAAUUAAUUCGGAAGUUUUAUAGGAGAGAAUCCCUCCAGGAGGAGCUCAGCAAUGUUGUAUCAAGUUUCUUACAAUUACUUACUCUCCCCCUUUAUGUUUUGAAACCCAAUUCUGUUGGGUGCAUUAAGGUGUUUUUUUUUUUUUAAGAUAGGUUGGUUUUAAAGAACUGACCUUCUGGUACAGAAACCUGGACCUUCUGGUACAGAAACCUGUAGGAUCACUUCUUUCUUACCUGGAGAGUGUAAUGCUUUAUGAUAUUGAGAUACUUGUCCUAUGUGUGGCAUUCAUUGGAGAGGAAUGCUACACAGUGUUUUGCAGCCUACGUGGUCAGCAUUUUCUGUAUCUAGAUGGAGUAAUAUUGCUAAGCCCAAGUUCUUCAGUUGAGCAGUGCCUGCUGUUACAGGUGUCUCAACCAGGUUACUUGAAAGCCCAAGUCAGAAGGUCAGAGACCAACUUUGAAGUUGUAUGUAAGCAGUCUGUGUAGGCCCAAUUAACAAAUGUCAGUGUUUGGAUAGUAAGCUUGCCUUGAAGAGCUCCUGGAGAGCAGAGGCUGAUACAGCACUAGUUAUAUCAUCCUUUCUGACGUAUUGUGAUGCUAAGAGUCUGAGACCCAAUAUCCUUUCUAUAGUUGAGUGAAGUAUGACAACCUUAUCUCAGAUUUUUUGCUAAAGUAGCUUUGUAUACUAAGCAGUCUGCACUGUUAACUACUUUUUGUGUUGUGCAGGCACUAGGCUACCUACCCCCAAGAUGGGAAUUCCUUCCCUGGAUUCCUCUGGGUUUGUAGCUGUCAUUUUUUUUUCAGCCAGCUUGCUUAAUGGGAUUAUGUGAGAGGUGAGAGAGACUUUCCCAUGGUGCUGACCGGUUAGAUCUUAAUAAUGUCUGAGAUGACGUAUGUUUGGGAUUCUGCUGCAUGGGGACUUCACAAGUGAUACUUGAAUAUAGCUAGAAGUGAAGGAGAGUGACGGGUCAUGUGAGACAGCAUGCAGGAGAAUUAACUGGAGGGAGUCAAAAGAAUAGGGGAUUCAACAGAAACACUUUAGGGCAAGUGAAAACACAAGAUAGUAGCCAUUGAGUGGCUUCUUGCUGCUUAACUUGAAGCUUCUCCUUUCAGAGCUAGCACUGGUUCCAGGAGGUCCUACUGGUGUCCCAGUUUCAUCAUUUCCUUUUUAAUGUCAACUUCGUUCAACAUUACUACUUAAGUGAUGAAACAUUUAUUUUGAUCGAUAUAAAAUGUGGCAUGCUUGAGCUUCCUUUUGGACUCAGCUUUUUUAUGUGAUGGCAUGUCACUAAAAUCAUUAAAAUUUCUAAAGCCCUCUUUUGGAGAAUACUGUAUAACUGUCAUAGAUUAUUUUGCCAGCUUCCCUUUAGAAAAAUAGGAAGAUUAAGCUUAUUUGAUGUAUUUUUGUCACACAACUGAUACUUCGGCCUUCUAAAAGGGUUUUACUACUUGGCUAUUUUUUGGUAGGCUGAACAAGAAUAGAGUAUUUAAACUGCUUCCCCAGAAAGCUAGUGGUCUCCAUUUAGGGCUUGGGAAAGUGCUAUUCAGGGACUUCCUGACACGCCAGAAACUUGGAAGUUCUGUGUUAAAGAAGUGCCACAGGUGACUUGGUGUUCAGGUCAGGGUACUGAGUGAAGAACGUGUCCAUAUCUCUCCAGAGACACCUAAUUAACACGGAGCAGGUUGUAGAUAGCUGCCACCUUUGUUACGGUCAAGGCUUUAAGGAUUGCAGCCACAUGCUCCUCUGCUGACGGUGCACAAUCCAUGCCAGGAUUUCCAAACUGUAUGGAUGUACUGAGCUUAGCAGAACAUCCUUUGCGGAACCACGGGGAAUGCGGUUGAGCCAUACAUUUUCCAGCUUAAUUCACCUAAGCAUAUAAAAGCAGUUCACAAGAGAAUGUUUUUCUUGUGUUGAGGAGAAGGGGAAGGUGAGGAACAAACUUACUUUUCCUAGAGUAUGUUAAUAGAAACAUUUGAGCUAAAACUUGUGUUCCUGAGUCUUCUGCAUAAUCACCAAAUGCAGAUUUGGUUAGUAUUAUUUUGUUUUAGCUGAAGGAUGGUGUGCUAUGUUUACUUUUUCCCCACCCUAUUAGAGUUUCUUUGAUCAUGCUCUUUGACACAGCUGGAUCUAGACAUCUCUGCGUGUGAGCCUUGCAGUAACUAUGUCAGAAAAGCCCAAGAGCAGUGCUAUCAUUUGAUGGUGGAAUUUAGUCUGACCUGACACACUUAAUGCCCGUGUCAGAAAUGUCUAUAUUCAGCUGUUUACCAAUCUGGAGACUUAAGAUAUAGCCGUAUGUCGAGUCUUAUUUCUUGUAUCUUACUACAACAUUAAUUAAAUGAAAGAAAGACACCUAAGUAAGAAAACUUCUGUGAGAUCUAAAUGUAGAAUUGGAGGGUGAACAAAUUUGUACAGAAUUUUUCCAUGCUACGUAUUUGUAAUGCCUUGUCCAGUCUCUUGUAGCCUUCAGAUUUUCCAGGUGCUGCUGUUAUUGGGGUCUAAUGGAUCUGGGUUAAACUUUCAACCUGAUGGUCUGACUUCACUGAACUCUGUCAUCUUAUUUGUGGUGUUACUGGCUGUUUUUGUCAUUCUGACAAAAGCUCCUGUAUUGCCUAAUGGGGAACGUUUUUCUGUUCUAAUUUGAAGUGCCUGCUUUAUAAAAGUUGUCUUUAAUUUCCUCAGUCAACUUGAUAUGGGAGUGUGUGUAAAGUAACAUCAUAGAAUUGGAUUAUAUAAGUGCCAAAGACAGUUUUGCUGGAAAGCAAUGGUCCAAAACUAGUUCUAACUGCAUUCAUUUGGAAUUCUUCCAUGCAACUUGCUAAAACUGGUAUUUACAAGCAGCUCUGGAACUUUAGGGGACAGAGAGAGAGUUACCUGUGUUUGCUUGUCUUUCUUUCAUUGCUCAGUUCACUCAAGUAGCUUUUGUUUCUGAGAAACCAAAGAAAUUAAAUGCAAGAUUUAAGAUAAAGUGUAGAUUUUGUAGAACAUGCAGAAUUUAUACCAUGUAGCCAUUAUAGAGAAAUCUGCAGAGCCCGUUUGCUUCAGAGUUGCAAAUGUCAAAGCUUACUCGAAGAGUGAUAAAACCUGGUUAAAAAUUGCAGAUUGGAAUUUGUUAAUUCAUUCAUCAGCCUUACAAAUUAGCAUUGCUAAUAACAGCUUGCCUGGAGCUUCAUAGGAUCUAGCAGAUUUCUGAAAAAUGUACAGUCUGUUUAAGGCAUUGCUAAAUACUAAUGUCUGGAGUUUAAAUCCAUAGUACAACUAAAAUUCACUGCGAGUCAGCCCUAUUAUGGCUGCUUGUUUGCCAGUAAAUAGGCAGGUGGAGAAAAGUUUGUGCAGCAACAGCUGGCAGAUAAAUGGUUUAAAAGAAAUAAUCUGCUCUCUCCAGUGUGUAUGCAAAAUGAAGCGGGACCAUGGAGUGUCAGGACCCUCUCAUUCACAGCAAGCUUAUAGAAUAGAGUAUGUUUAAAUAAGUACUUGCCCACCCUCAUUUACAAAAGGUUUGUAGAAGAAACAGAUCUUUAACAUGCAUGUUACUGCUUCCCACCAACACAUCUGAGGUGCUUAUAUUAUACCUACAUUGUCAGGAGGCAGUAAGAGAACCGUUGCCAAUAUUGACAUUUAUAUUUACUUAAAGAUGUCCCAUGAGAGGUAUCUGGCACAUCUGUGUUCAAACAAAAUGUUUUUAAAUGAUGGAAACUUCAUUGGGACACAGGCAUUUGUGAUGUUAGUUUGUAGGGGAAAAAAAAAAAAAUCAGUGUUGCAGACACUGAUGAAAACUUUUAGAGUGUGGACAACUGCUGAGUGUUUUGUGAUUAAAGAAUUUAUUACAGUUGCUGUGAUUUUAAUUAUGUCUCUGAGACUGGUUUUAAAUAUUUGAUCCUUGUCACUCCCCAAAGUCUAACCCAAAUUUUUUGUUCUUGUUAAAAUUUGAGUAAGUCAUGUAGAAAUAAGAAAUAUAUUUUUCAUAUGGAUACUUUUAUUGCACUACCUUUCCUUCCUGAAUUUAAUAAUACUUUUACUAUUUUUUUUAAGGUACCUCUUUAUGUUGAGCUUUUUCGUCGGUUUUGUGUUUAAUUGAUUUUUAGGAAACUACAAAAUACUUCCUUUUUUUAUUUAUGUGGGAAUCCAUGACUUAAAACCAUGAGUCUUCCUUCUGUUUAAAGUUUUUCUUAAAGGUCUUUUAAAUUUAGUUAAAAGACUUGAGCUUUUGAAGGAGCAGAAUAAUUACACACUUAGAACAUGGGUUCUUCUGUGUGUAAUGUCUGCUUUUAGAAGGGCCAGAAAGCUCUUGAUUUAAUACUAACCUCAGUUGACAUGACCUUUGGGGGGCAAUAAGUAUUGAGUUGGGGAGUUUUGAUCAAUUUAAUUUAUUGCCAAUUAAAGAGCUUUUAGUUACUGGUUUUGGUAUGGAAAGAAAAAAA